AUGGUUGUCAUGGUUACCGGGCACGACCCGACUGAAAGACAACUUCAGGAAGCCGUUGCCAUGGCGACUCUACAACUGAGCCGGCCACCAGCAGCAGCAGCGGCCUCUUCCAGCGUCUGCAGUCCAGGCUGGUCCAAGUACGGUUCUCGCUGCUUCCGAGUUUUCACCAACCGCGUGACCUACGCGGGUGCCAAUGCCGCCUGUCGCUCCAAGGCCCAGGGGGGCCGUUUGGCCAUGCCGAAGGACAAGCCCACCAACGACGCCCUCGUUCGGCUGAGGAACGGACAGAGCCAAACUGUCUCGACCUGGAUCGGGUUAAACGACAUCAGACGCGAAGGUCAGUUCGUCUGGGAAGACCGCCAGGCCCUGGGGUCCUUUCGGGUCUGGGCGGCUGACGAGCCCAACAACCUGCCCAACAGGAACGCAGACUGCGUCAAGAUCGAGAAAGCCAGCUCGUCUGGCGUGUAUGCGAACAAGUGGAGAGAUUAUCUCUGUAAUGGACGUCUGGGUUACAUCUGUGAGAAAGAACAAACCAUUAAGGUCAGUGGCUUGGAUCAGGCAAAACUGGUUCUAUAG